UUAUUGCAUAUAUACUUUACGUAGGUAUUGACCGGUAUGACCGGUAUUGAUGCGUGUUAUAUAGGGAUCCAUGGUCAUUACAGAUUGUUACAAUUGUUAUAUUGGUUGUUGCCAAUUGUGUUACGCAGAUAUUUGUGUUUUUUUGUUUGUUUUUUUUUUUGUCAUUUGUAAACAGGUUUUUUUUUAAUCAUCCAAAGUAUUAUAUUUAUCUAGUAGUAAGUGUCGUAUGUGUCUCAAAUUCUUCAAAGAUGAGAAAAACAUCGAAAGACAAACGUGAUAUAUAUUACAGACUUGCUAAGGAAGAGGGCUGGAGGGCACGGAGUGCCUUCAAACUUCUGCACCUGGAUCAGCAGUUCGGUAUCUUUAAAGGAGUGACCAGAGCAGUUGAUCUGUGUGCUGCACCAGGAAGCUGGAGUCAGGUUCUUGUAAAGAAGUUGAGAUCACGUCCCACUUCAGAUCUGUCAGAGGUGAAGAUUGUUGCAGUGGAUCUACAGGCAAUGGCUCCUUUACCUGGGUUAAUACAGAUAGUGGGAGAUAUCACUAAGGAGGAAACUGCACAAGCUCUUAUUAAAGAGUUCAAAGACAGUGCAGCCCAGUUGGUAGUUUGUGAUGGAGCACCUGAUGUGACUGGACUUCAUGAUAUCGAUGAGUUCAUUCAAGCACAGUUGCUGCUUGCUGCUUUUAACAUUACUACACACGUGCUGGCACCUGCAGGAACUUUUGUCGCAAAAGUAUUCCGUGGCAAAGAUGUAUCUCUGUUACUAUCCCAGCUUCAGCUUUUCUUCGGCUGUGUUAAUAUUGCUAAACCCCGUAGCUCCCGCAGUACCAGUAUUGAGGCCUUUGUUGUGUGUCAGAACUACAAACCUCUCCCAGAUUACAAGCCAACAAUGCACAACCCUCUUCUGAAUUUAUCAUAUGAUGAUAAGUGGAUAUCUGAGGGAGCCAAUAAAUUUGUAUCACCAUUUCUUGCCUCUGGAGACUUGCAACCCUUUGAUUCUCUCAGAUCUUGUACAACAGAACAACAUUCACCUGUUCUGGAUGCGUGUACAGAGGAAAGAAGUCGGCCUCUUCCAAAGUCAUCAGCAUGUCCUGCUCCAUCUUUAACAGUACCAACAUAAAACUUCUAAACUUCAUCCUUUGUUUAUUUGAAGAUUAUUGUCUCCUGGGAUGUGACACCAGACCCAUAUUCUUGGUAGAUUAAUACAAACUUUUGAAGGAAUCUGCUGCUUCCAUGUUCCGGAUAGGAGAUGGAGACAGCAGAUCCUCCAAAAUGUUGCUGUCCUUCUAUCAGAUUACACAGUAUCACAUCCCUAAAGUCAGGGUAAUCUAGAUGCUUGCUGCCAAGAGAGACUCAGAUCUCUUGUACUGUCUACUUUAUGUAGGUUAAUAUAACUUGGUACACAUUUCAUUUUUAUACAGCAAUGUGAUCACAAGGCACAAUUUAAAAAGCUUAAAUUCCUCAUUGGGCCAAAAGAUAACUGUGUAUUGAAUAAAUGUAGAUGUUAUAUUUCAAACCAGAAAUUAAUACUGUCACGUGUUGCCUCUGUAACACAUCAAAUAAAUAGGGUUAUUGGACACUUGCUUUUACACACGCAAGUACAAUUAUGAUCACUUAUAAUGUC